CCCCGCCGGCCGGCCCCCCGCCCCAGCCCCGGAGGGAGCUCAUGGGAGUAUGAAGGAGAUGGUAGGAGGCUGCUGCGUAUGUUCGGACGAGAGGGGCUGGGCCGAGAACCCGCUGGUCUACUGCGAUGGGCACGCGUGCAGCGUGGCCGUCCACCAAGCUUGCUAUGGCAUCGUCCAGGUGCCAACUGGACCCUGGUUCUGCCGAAAAUGUGAAUCUCAGGAGCGAGCAGCCAGGGUGAGGUGUGAGCUGUGCCCACACAAAGACGGGGCAUUGAAGAGGACUGACAAUGGAGGCUGGGCCCACGUGGUAUGUGCCCUCUACAUCCCCGAGGUGCAGUUUGCCAAUGUGCUCACCAUGGAGCCCAUCGUGCUGCAGUAUGUGCCUCAUGAUCGCUUCAAUAAGACGUGUUACAUCUGCGAGGAGCAGGGCCGGGAGAGCAAGGCAGCCUCAGGAGCCUGUAUGACCUGUAAUCGUCAUGGAUGUCGACAAGCUUUCCAUGUCACCUGUGCCCAAAUGGCAGGCCUGCUGUGUGAGGAAGAAGUGCUGGAGGUCGACAAUGUCAAAUACUGUGGCUACUGCAAAUAUCACUUCAGCAAGAUGAAGACAUCCAGGCACAUCAGUGGUGGAGGAGGAGGAGCAGGAGCAGGAACAGGAGCAGGAGCAGGAGGAGGAGGAGGAGGAGGAGCAGGAGGAGGAGGAGGAGGAGGAGGUGGCAGCGGUGGUGGUGGCAGUGGAGGUGGCACAGGGGGAGGCAGCAGUGGCUUCAUCUCUGGCAGGAGAAGCCGGUCAGCCUCACCAUCCACCCAGCAGGAGAAGCACCCUGCUCACCACGAGAGGGGCCAGAAGAAGAGUCGAAAGGACAAAGAACGCCUUAAACAGAAGCACAAGAAGCGGCCUGAGUCCCCUCCCAGCAUCCUUGCCCCGCCUGUGGUCCCCACUGCUGACAAGGUUUCUUCCUCAGCUUCCUCUUCCCACCAUGAGGCCAACACGCAGGAGACCUCCGAGAGCAGCAGGGACUCAAARGGGAAAAAGUCUUCCAGCCAUAGUCUGAGUCAUAAGGGGAAGAAGCUGAGCAGUGGGAAGGGUGUGAGCAGUUUUACCUCCACCUCCUCUUCCUCCUCCUCCUCUUCCUCCUCUGGGGGGCCCUUCCAGCCUGCAGGUUCAUCCCUGCAGAGCUCCCCUGACUUCUCCACAUUCCCCAAACUGGAGCAGUCAGAGGAUGACAAGUACUCCAAACCCACAGCCCCUACCCCGUCAGCCCCUCCCUCACCUUCAGCUCCUGAACCCCCCAAGGCUGACCUCUUUGAGCAGAAAGUGGUCUUCUCUGGCUUUGGGCCCAUCAUGCGCUUCUCCACCACCACCUCCAGCUCAGGCCGAGCCCGGGCCCCCUCCCCUGGGGACUAUAAAUCUCCCCACAUUUCGGGGUCCGGCACCUCAGCAGGCACCCACAAGCGGAUGCCCACAUUGAACGCUACCCCUGMACCUGCUGAGGAAACCCCUGAGACAGGCCUGAAGGAGAAGAAGCACAAAGCCAGCAAGAGGAGCCGACACGGGCCAGGCCGUCCCAAGGGCAGCCGGAACAAGGAGGGUGCUGGGGUCCUGGCUACCCCCUCCUUACCUGGUGCCCAGCUGGCUGGCUUUACCGCCACUGCUGCCUCACCCUUCUCCGGAGGCUCCCUGGUCAGCUCUGGCCUGGGGGGUCUGGCCUCCCGCACCUUUGGGCCUUCCGGGAGUUUGCCCAGCCUGAGCCUCGAAUCCCCACUGCUGGGGGCAGGCAUCUACACCAGUAAUAAGGACCCCAUCUCCCAUGGUGGUGGGAUGCUGCGGGCUGUCUGCAGUACACCCCUCUCCUCCAGCUUGCUGGGGCCCCCAGGGACCUCAGCCCUGCCCCGCCUCAGCCGCUCCCCAUUCACCAGCACCCUCACCUCCUCCUCUGCUUCCAUCUCCACCACUCAGGUGUUUUCUCUGGCUGGCUCUACCUUCAGCCUCCCUUCUGCCCACAUCUUUGGAACCUCUAUGGGCGCUGUUAACCCCCUUCUCACCCCAGCUGAGAGCAGCCAUACAGAGCCAGACCUGGAGGACUGCAGCUUCCGGUGUCGGGGGACCUCCCCGCAGGAGAGUCUGUCUUCCAUGUCCCCCAUCAGCAGCCUCCCUGCACUCUUCGAUCAAACAGCGUCCGCACCUUGCGGGGGCGUCCAGCUAGACCCUGCAGCCCCRGGAACGACUAAUAUGGAGCAGCUGCUGGAGAAGCAGGGCGACGGGGAGGCCGGCGUCAACAUCGUGGAGAUGCUGAAGGCGCUGCACGCGCUGCAGAAGGAAAACCAGCGGCUGCAGGAGCAGAUCCUGAGCCUGACGGCCAAGAAGGAGCGGCUGCAGAUUCUCAACGUGCAGCUCUCUGUGCCCUUCCCCGCCCUGCCUGCAGCCUUGCCUGCCGCCAACGGCCCUGUCCCUGGACCCUAUGGCCUGCCUCCCCAAGCUGGCAGCAGCGACUCCUUGAGCACCAGCAAGAGCCCUCCAGGGAAGAACAGUCUUGGCUUGGACAACUCCCUGUCCACAUCCUCCGAGGACCCACACUCAGGCUGCCCAAGCCGCAGCAGCUCGUCGCUGUCCUUCCACAGCACGCCCCCACCGCUGCCCCUGCUCCAGCAGAGCCCUGCCACUCUGCCCUUGGCCCUGCCUGGGGCCCCUGCCCCACUCCCGCCACAGCCACAGAAUGGGUUGGGCCGGGCAUCUGGGGCAGCAGGGCUGGGGGCCAUGCCCAUGGCUGAAGGACUGUUGGGGGGGCUCGCAGGCAGUGGGGGCCUGCCUCUCAAUGGGCUCCUGGGGGGGUUGAAUGGGGCUGCUGCUCCCAACCCUACAGGCUUGAGCCAGGCUGGUGGGGCCCCCACGCUGCAGCUGCCAGGUUGUCUCAACAGCCUGUCCGAGCAGCAAAGACACCUCCUUCAGCAGCAAGAGCAGCAGCUCCAGCAGCUCCAGCAGCUCCUCGCCUCCCCACAGCUCACCCCGGAGCACCAGACGGUUGUCUACCAGAUGAUCCAACAGAUCCAGCAGAAGCGGGAGCUGCAGAGGCUGCAGAUGGCUGGGGGCUCCCAACUUCCCAUGGCCAGCCUGUUGGCAGGAAGCUCCACCCCACUGCUGUCAGCGGGCACCCCUGGCCUGCUGCCUGCGGCAUCUGCCCCACCUCUGCUGCCCGCUGGAGCCCUUGUGGCCCCCUCACUCAGCAACAACACCAGUCUCAUGGCAGCAGCGGCUGCAGCUGCAGCAGUCGCAGCUGCAGGCGGACCUCCAGUCCUCACUGCCCAGACCAACCCCUUCCUCAGCUUGUCGGGGACGGACAACAGUGGCAGUUGCCCCAAAGGAGGGACYGCUGACAAAGGAGCCUCAGCCAACCAGGAAAAAGGCUAAAUCUACCUGUACCCCUCCUGACCCCUAAAUGGAGGGGACAGAUCCUGGCUUAAGGGGUCCUAUCCUGGAGCAGGCAUCUGGGCCCAGACACUGGAAGAACCCCGACCCAGAGCCUGUGCUGAGGCCCAGGGAGUGUUGGGGGCUCCUGGUGCAAGGACUGAGAUUGGGAGGGGAGCCCCUUCCAUCUGCAUCCCCACCCCGUGUCUGCACUGUCUGCUUUGUGAGAAGCCCAGAGGGAGGACAGGCUCUAAGCCUGCCUAGGAGCCCCCACCCUCAGCAAAUGUUUUGAGGUCCCCCAGAGAGCAAAGUGGGCCAUGACAUAAGUGGGGGGUUGGUUGGACCCACCACAUAAAACAGAUCAGCACUUGAAAGGGGAGCAGUGGAGGGUAGACCUAGGCUUAUCCCUGCAUGGAAGUCUUCAUGGAAGAAGGGCUGGCCCCACUUGACCUGYAGUUUCUUCCCAAUCUGGGUAAAUGGCAGAAGGGAUCCCUUUAACUGUUUCUCACUGUCCCUCUCCCUUACUAAGGGUCACAAGCUGAGCUUGUAAAAGCCCACAGAUGUAGGGGGAGUAAGGAAGGGCAAGACAGCAUCAAACCCAGGCCAGGCCUCUUGCACCUCUUGUGACCCCACUAGUGGGGCAUAGGGAGGCCCUUACCGUCCUUGGUGCCCUGCCCCUUGUUUGCACUAUUGGCUUGAGGAGUGCGGAGGGUGGGGAGACGGAGCUGGCUGACUCAAUAGUGUGAGUGUGUCUGUGUGUGCAUGUGUAUGUGUGUGUGUGUGUUUCUGUCUGUUUGUCUGUCUUCCCCUGGACCUGGGGCCGCAAGGGCAGAAACAGGCGCAGUGGUUAGCACCAGAGGGGGGAGCUCCCAGCUCUUGUUUGUACCCUCCCCCCUCACCAACUCUGGCCCCUUUCAGGGGCAUGAA